UUAUAAGACAAUUUGUAUAAUGUUAAACAAUGUUAAUUUUAUCUGAAAUAUGGAUUUAAAUUUAGUAUCAUUAUAACUGUUUAAUUUAAAUGUAUAACAAUUCAGAUCAUAGGGUCCCUGUCGUGGCCAACUCAAGAUUCACCGGCCAUAAUUUCCCAGAAGAACGAAGCAACAUUGAUAUAAAUUCUGAUAAUUCAGCACAGACACGACCUGUGUACCAAUAUGAUGAUAUAAAUGAUGAUCCUUAUGGAUUUAGCACAGGAUCUGGUGAGCGUGAUCUGUUAUUAUCCCAUUCUGAAGUAAAUAAUCUGUUUUAUUAUCCAAAUAGCACAGGCAUUAAUUAUAACAAACCUUCACAACAACACAGAACUGGGUUUGGACUCCAUGUUCCUUAUGAAUGUAUCAACACAUCAAAAAACGCUGAUUCUAGAGGAUCUUCCACAAUCACGAAUGAAAUCUCAUCAGGUUUUAGCUCAUUUAUCGAAUUCUUUAAAAAACUGUCCAAGGAAGCAUCUUCAAAGUCACUAGAUUUCUUGACAACUAUUUUGUCUAUCGCUAAAUCAGUUUUUCUUUACGUUAUCGGCAUAGCAUUGGGCCUUUUUUUGACCAUGUUCUUCUUUGCAAUGAUUUCACAUUUUCUAUAUAAUGGAAAUAAUAUUAACGAUUUUAAAAAUGAACCUAAGAAGAGGAGUCCACCUACACCUCCUCCACCAAAGACCCAAACUAAACAACAAGAUCCCCCUCCCAAACCCGAGGUCACAUUUGAACCUGUUCAUUUCAAAGACAUUUUAGGUAUCGACGAAGCGAAGGAGGAUGUUCAGGAAAUAGUUAAGUUUAUAAAGCAGCCCUUUCUAUACAAAAAAGUCGGAGCUAAGGUUCCGAAGGGCAUUUUGUUAGUAGGUCCGCCAGGAACGGGUAAGACAAUGUUGGCAAAAGCUGUGGCCACAGAAACUGGUAUACCCUUCAUAUAUACAAGUGGGCCUGAAUUUGUUGAAAUAUAUGUCGGACAAGGAGCGCAAAGGAUAAGAGCUUUAUUUCAUAAGGCCCGUAAAAUAGCUCCGUGUAUAAUAUUCAUAGAUGAGAUUGAUGCAGUGGGUUCUAAGAGAGCAUCAGGCUCUUUCAGUGGACAGAACCGAGAACACGACCAGACUUUAAACCAACUUCUGGUUGAAAUGGACGGGUUUAACGUUUCAACUGGAAUUACAAUUCUAGCUGCAACUAAUAGGCUUAGCGCACUAGAUAGAGCACUUCUAAGACCAGGUAGAUUCGAUCGAGUUGUACACAUACCCCUACCUAGCAUUAAGGGCAGGGAGGAGAUUUUACAACACUACUUGAAGGACGUCACCUACAAUAAGGAAACCAUAGAUGUAAAGGAACUUUCUAAGAUAACUCCUGGAUACUCGGGAGCUGACUUGAAAAACUUAAUUAAUGAGGCGGCGCUGAUAACAGUGAAACAAGAUCGGUUAAUGGUUGAGUUGAGUGAUUUGUACGAGGCAAGAGAUAAAAUAAUCAUGGGAAAUAAAAGGAAGCUGUUAAUGCCUGACAUUGAGAGAAAAAUGACAGCAUACCAUGAGGCAGGUCAUGCACUAGUGGCAUAUUACCUUUACCCAAAUACUGACCCAAUCCACAAGGCUACAAUAAUCACUAGAGGAACUGCCUUGGGGUUUGUAGAACAGCUUCCAAACGAUGAUUAUGAUAAAAGUAGUUACAAACUCAUCGAGAUGAAAUCAAGACUUGCGGUUUGCAUGGCUGGAAGAUUAGCCGAGAAACUAGUUUUUGGAUUCGAUAAUGUAACGUCUGGUGCAUCAUCUGACAUCAUUGUUGCAACAGACCUUGCUUACAAGAUGAUAACCCAGUAUGGGAUGUCUAAUAAACUAGCAUCACUAAACUUCCAUAACCUAAAUAACUUAAACAACAAAUUAAGCACUGACCUCAACGUUAAAAUCGAAAAUGAAAUAAUAGAGUUAAUCAAGGAGGCAGAACACAUAGCUGAGUCCAUACUAAGGAGUAAGAGAAGUCAGCUUGAGCUUCUGGCCUCUGAACUCCUAAAAUACGAGACCUUAACUGGGGAACAGAUAAAAACUCUUCUGAAAACAAACAAAUCGCUAAAUCUUCCGAUUAAUGGUCUACCUGAUCAUUCUACUGAUGUACAAAAGGACGCAAAACCAAACCCUAAAACUGAUUCAAGUUCUGAAACAAGUGGUGAUUCUGAGUCCAAUGCGAAAACUGAAACCAAUACUGAUGACACACCCACCAACAACGAAAAUGCUUCAAAUUCCUACGAUACUGAUGUCGAUAAUGGCACCGAUAACGAUAAUGAUACUCCUAAUCCUGACAAUAACAAUUCAGAUAUGGAUGCUGAAGAUCUUAAGGACGACGAGGAUGAUGAUGGGGAUCCGAAUGGAGAUGCGGAUGAUGAUCUUGAUGACGACACUGAACAUCAUGAUGUUGAUGACACAUCUAAGGAUGAUGAAGAACCUGAAGAUAACGACCGGGAAGAAGACCAAUAAUGUACCAAUUAAUGUAUAAAUAUCUA